GGAUGUGUCCAGCAGGAGGCGCGGUUUGACAGUCCGGUUUGGAGAGCCUGUGCUCUGGAUCCGCUGAGCGAUGUCUGUCAGCUGUCCGAGCUUCAAAUCCAGUUUCUGCAGAAUCAACUGGAUCAACGCCUGCGGGUAUCCCUCAUCAGCAGGAGCGGCCAGCAGGACUUGCUGAAUCUGUCUCAGAGGCAUCAUGACAGCCCAACCGACCUCGCCGUCCAUCCUGAGGGAGUUUAGUCCGCUCUACUACCUUUUGAAUGCCAUCCCAGCCAAGGUGCAGCGGGGCUUCAGGUCUGUCCUAGUCUACCUUACUGCCCUGGACAGCAACUCUGACUUCCUGGCUGUAGGCAGCAGCAUCGGGAUGCUUUACCUGUACUGCCGUCGACUUGCGCACAUGAACAAGUACAGCGUGGAGGGAAAGUGUGAUGCAAUUACGGUUGUAAAGCUGCUCAGCUGCUUUGAUGAUCUGGUGGCGGUUGGAACAGCUUCAGGUCAGGUGUCAGUCUUCCAGCUGGUGUCUCCUCUUCCUGGUCGUAACAAACAGCUCAGGCGCUUUGAUGUUGUUGGUCUCCAUAAAGGCUCCAUCACGUCUCUGACCUGGAGCACCAAUGGGAUGAAGCUUUUCUCUGGAGAUGAUAGAGGUCGGGUGGUGUUCUCUGCUCUGGACCUAGACCAGGGGGUGUGCACACCUGUGCUGCUGCUGGAGGAGUCCUCAGGUGUGGUUCAGAUGGAGUACAGUCGCCUGGUGCUGCUGGUCUCAACGCAGCAGAGAUCUCUGCUUUACUGCACACAGAAACAGGAAGUCCUCCAGCUGGGUACCAAGACUCACAGAAGGAGCGGUAAAUUUGGAGCUUGCUUCCUGCCAGCGAUUUGCAAACAGAGUGAUCUGCAGGUGUAUGCUGCACGACCUGGACUCAAACUGUGGAAGUCGGAUGUCAGAGGACAGGUGGAGACCACCCAACGACUGAAGUCACUCUUUGACAAACAGGUGCCUCAGUUUGAGUUGCUUCCUCGUCCUGGUCUGGGUGGAGGGUACCGCCCUGCGGAUCGGCAGCUGGGUCUGCUUAGCUGUUUCCUAAGAGAGGGUUGGAUCCUCAGCUGGAACGAAUACUGCCUUUAUGUAUUUGAUGUUAUCAACCAGGUUGUAGUUGGUGCCUUGGAAAGCACUGGAGACAUUGUGUCUGUGUCAUCAUGUGGCAAUGAGAUCUUCAUCCUGAAGGGAGACAGAGACAUUAUUCGUCUUUCCAACAGCCACGAGGGAAUCACCUCCACCUUUCCCGCCCUAUUUGUCCAUCCAGCCUCCCCUCUGACCACACCCCCUGUCCUCCAUCCAACUGGAUCAGUGGAAACAGCUCAGCCAAUCAGAACGAUGGCCAUCAUUGUGGAAGAUGGAGCUACAGAGGAAGCUAGAGGUGGUGAGAGGUUCUCAGAGGGAGGAGCAGAUGAGGAGGGUGAGGGACGAAUAGAGGAGGUGAAGGAAGCUGAGGAGCAUGACCAGCUGAAGGUGAUGGAGUUGAGCCAAUCCGUGAGUAUUUUCAGCAGCUCUCGUUGUCGCAGCAGCUCCGUCACUUCCUGGGAUAGUCUCCAUGGCAACACUUCAACCAGCUCAUCCUAUGAGUUGGGCUCCAGACGCUAUAGUGCCCCCGUUGAUCAGGAGGACAUGCAGCAGGAUCUGGUGGUGAAAGCCAUCAGAGUGAAGAAGAAGAAGAAGAGGAGACUCCAGCAAGACAGCAGCAGCAGGAACGGCUUUUUUGACAGGAACUCAGUGUUUGGAGUCCAGGAUGGUAACGGUAGUGAUGAGGAAGAUCAGACUCCUCUAAGUGACCAUGCCUCCAUGAUGGGUCUUGAUGUUCAGAAACAGAAUACUCUAGAAAAGCUCAGCGCGCACACGUCACAGGAACCAGGCUCAGAAAAUGGUUUGAAGACAGGAGAGAAGGUGGACUGUUCCUCUGACCAGUCUGGCUCCCUACUCCUCCAGGGUCUGGAGAAUAAACAGAACCCAAACCAGGCCCCUGUUGCUGCUCCAGAACCAGAACUCUCCACCAUGAGUCCAGAUACAUCAGUAGACCAGCUGCUGGAAUGCAUCUUCUCCUACACGAAGUCUGGAGACUGUAAUGGGCUUGAGCAGCAGCUUAUGGACGAGAAGGAUGAAGAGCUUCUCAGCACCUCCACUGGAUCCAGAGAGGAGAAGGAGGACCUCCGGCCUCCCUCGGCUGGUCUGCCAGACCCAAUGAUUUGCUCCACUGUGUCCAGUGGGGAGAGAAAUCCUAGUGUUUCCAGUGAUGAUGAUGAUGAAGAUAUCUACUGUCACAACCCCUCAGCAGGCAGUGGAGGAAGCACGUAUCCAUCUAAAGAGGCAGAGAAGAUGACAAACCAGGUUACCCAGCACAGAGGCAUGCACAGGCCUUACCAGUUGGCUGAAAGUUGGAUGGGAUACUCGGGACCAGGAUGUGGAAUACUGAGCUUACAGGUGACUGACAGGUAUGUCUGGUGUCUGGACUUUAAAGGAAGACUAUACUGCAGCACUUUACCUGAAACUGGGCUUAGCUGGCAGCGCUUUGAAGACAAUGUCCACCAGGUGGCCCUGUCUCCUUCAGGUAAUUUGCUGUGGAAGGUGGAGCAGAAGAGCAUGACAGCUUUUGCUUGUGCCAAAGCUUUGGUUAAAGGAAAACGCCACUGGUAUAAAGCUGUUGAGCAAACAGCCUUCGUUGCUCUGAGCGAUGACUCUGCCUGGAUCAUUCGGACCAACGGAGACCUCUACCUGCAAACAGGUCUGAGCGUGGAGCGUCCCUGUGCUCGCUCUGUGAAGGUGGACUCCCCCUGUGUGUUCAGCCAGGUGUGUGUGAGAGGUGGUGUGCUCUGGGCUUUAAGUGAACACAAGGCUUUGUUCUACAGAGAAGGACUGAACAGCUACUGCAGCGAGGGAGAAGGAUGGAAGUAUGACACAGUCAGCGAGGCUCAGGGUCUGGAGCUGAUCUGCAUUGCUUUGGGAUACGGGGGGACAGCCUGGGCUCUAGAUGCCAGCGGCAGCCUCUGGUUUCGAACCGGCAUCUGCGCUACCAAGCCGCAGGGCAGUGAUGACCACUGGUGGCAGAUUAAUAUUUCAGACUACGUGGUCUUCGACGAGGGCAGUUUUUUUCACACUCUGCUGCAGGCCACACAAACAGUUGCCACGGUAACCAGGGCCCCGGUAGACCGGGUGGUAGCCUUUCUGUCCCAGUAUUCCCAGUGCCAGCCUAGCCUUGUCAGUGCUAAUUCCAGUGGGGUCUGGGUGGCCUCCGGGCGGAACCAAGUGCACCUGGCCCGCAGCAGCCUUGUGGGAACAUUCUGGCAGAACGUUGUCCCUAGAGGAACUGUCUCAGCCACCAGGUGGACCUUCAUUACAUCUUCAUCUGUCCCUCACAGAGAAGGUACGUUCCUGUGGUUGGCUCAGAGCAGAAAGGAUCUGUUCUGCGUUUGGGAUCAAGACGGAGAGCUUCGUCCGUCUUCUGUCUCGCUACCAUCUGAGGUGGAGCUGUCUCAUCUGUCUGCCUGUCGUGAUGCAUUGUGGGGUUUGGACAUUUAUGGCCGAGUCAGCAUUCGUCCCCUGUCCCCUGCCUGUCCAAUCGGUCUUCAGUGGACCCCUCUGGACCUCAGUCAGCUGGGAAGUGUUCGUCUGGUCAGCGUGAGCUGUGGCAGUCAGAAUGUUUGGGCCGUGGACAGUCGAGGACUCGUUUACUUCAGAGUUGGAACCCAGCCGCUGAAUACCAGUAUGAUGCUGCCGGCCUGGAUCCAUAUAGACCCUCCGGUGCAGCCAAUAGGACAGCAGCUGGUCAGCAUCCAGACCAGUCCUAAUGAUCGACUUCUCUGGGGUCUGGACAACAAAGGGAGUGUCUUUGUGAGGACAGGACUAUGUGAUGAGAUGCCUGUGGGGACAAACUGGGACAAUGUACCAGGGCUGGCUGUUUGUCAGUUGGUGGUCAGUUGUCAGACCGUGUGGGUUCGGUGUGUGAACGGAGAUGUGGCUCGACGUUACGGCAUUUCUGAGAAAAAUCCAGCCGGAGAUUACUGGAAGAAGAUCCCUGGAAAUGUGAUUUGGUUCACUGUCACUCCAGAGGAAGAGCUGUGGGCGGUGACUCCUAUUGGUGGACUGUGCCGUCGGCUAACAAAGCUCCUCCCACAGAUGCCCCGUGGCCCUGCCGCUGGGGGAGAUGAUGUCGAUGAUGAAUGGGAGCUCAUCUGACCCCUGUUGCUGGUUUUUCUGGUCUGGAUUGCCAUGGGAGUGGAGUGCCAUGUCUCACAGACUGAACUUCCCUCCUGGACAAACAGGAACUUACCUGUGUGAUGUCAUGAGCAAAACCACUGAAUGAUGAAGUCACUUCCUGUGAGGGCAGGAGCACAAAGGGCUGUGGUAGGGCUGGUAAAACACGAAGGGAAGUUGGUUUUAAUUUUGUAUUGUCAUGAAGCACUUUAACCUGAAAUUGUGUGUGUGCGUGUGUGUGUGUGUGUGUGUGUGUGUGUGUGUGUGUGUGUGUGUGUGUGUAUGUGUGUGUGUGUGUGUGUGUGUGUGUGUGUGUGUGUGUGUGUGUGUGUGUGUGUGUGUGUAAAACUAUGCUAAUGUUUUCAUCUUUUUCCAACCCUUUUAAACUGGUUUGAAUGGGGUUAAGACUUUGGUUCUGGUUCUGUAGGAGGUCUCCAGAGAGGCUGGUGGUUCUGUCCACUUUUUAGUUAAAUCACUGACUGAAGCUCCAUUAUUAAUAUUCUAAUGUUUAUAUCGAGUCUAAAUGGUUUCAGGACUUUAGGCCAAAUGGUAGAACGUCCGCCAUCGUGGUUGGGAGCUAACACCAUGACCUGAGGGGGUUCUGUUGAGUCCACUGUGGUUAUGUUUGUGGAUAAUAAAGGGACAUUACACCAGACUAAUACGAGGACUCCGGUUUGGUUUGUUCCUUUAGUUUCACAGUGAAUCGUUUAGUUUCUAAUCUGGAGUAAAGGUUUAGGAAAACCUUUCAUCUCAUUUAAACCUAAUCGGUUGAUCACAGACUCAGAAAUGCACUUUCUGGUCCAGCCAGUCUGACCCACUGGACUCAGAACAGCAGAACGUUGUACAGGAAGUUGGUGCUGAUCCUGUAGUCUCUGGCAGUUUUCAUCAAUUUCACCUGAAACCUGAUUAAUCUCCCUGAUGCCCUGCGGUGGGUUCUGACGGUCUGAACUGGGUUUACAUCCUCCUCAUAGGUGACAGUUGCUAUGGAAACCCUUGCAGGUGUUUCUCUGUGGUAACUGAUGGGUUUGACCAACAAGUUACUGUUGUUGUGUGUUGCAGAACCAGAAUCAGGGUCAUUUUAAAUUUUAGCUCAGAGUUCUGGGAUUACCGUCUGAUUUUACAAACACCUUCUAACUGCUGUCAGAUUUGGUUCCCCGUUGCUCCUGUGUAUCAUAUAAUUUCUGUUUCUCAAAACAAAUAUAUAUGUUAUAGAAUUAUUUCUGCUCUAGGUAGUAAGACUACCAAAUAAAACGAUCCCUCAUCAGCCAAAAA